CAUGUGGUGAUAUUUGCGUAGAACAGAAGCACCGCCUCUCUCCCAUUGGACAAUGCUUCCGCGAGGGCGUGGCAAGGAAAGAUGAGAGUUGCAAACCCAUGCCCUCGCCGAGAAGACAUGGAGCGCCAUGGACACAGUCUACCAGAAUCCAGUGAGGUUCUCAACUAAAGACAAACCCAUUUCUUCUGAGAGGCAGCGCCGCUUUUGAAAGACACGCAGCACUGAGAGGCUGGGCCCGGGUGAGAAUGGAGUGUGCUUUUGACGCACAGAACCUGAUCUCCAUUUCUUUGAGGAAAAUCCAAAGCUCCCGAACGCAGAGAGGAGGCAUCAAGCUCCACAAGAACUUGCUGGUGACCUACGUGCUGAGAAACGCCAGGCAGUUUUACAUGAGCAAAAACUUGUCGCAAACGCAGAGGAUUCAUCACUACGACGAUGGAACCGCAGUCCGCGAGAAGCACCAAUACCUGGAACUGACGGGGAGCUUCACGGAGUUGGCUGACGACUUGUACUGUAACUUUGCUGGGGUUGAGUCGGACACUUGGCACUGCGGGGCGCACCAGUCAGAGGUGGCGCACCAGGACGCGUCGGCGUGCGUCCCACCAAGUGACUCUGACCUUCUGGUUUCUGACGCGUGUUGGAGUUGCGCGGAGAAACCAUCGUGGGAGUUACCUGUCCUGAACUCGCAAGCCAACCAAAAGACUGUCCUGGACUUGGACACGCAUGUGGUGACUACUGUCACUAACGGCUACUUCCACUCAGACUGUUGCGCGCAGCCCAAACAGCCGCAGGGCGCGCACCACUGCUACAGCAAGAAGCGGAAGAUGGACACCAGCUUCCACAUUGUUGACCCAGAGUUUUAUUUUUGCGACUUUGCGCCGGUGCCGUGCAAACGGAUGAGGACGGACGAUGAUUCGCUUUCAGACUCGGACUCGGCGAACAUCUCCAAUCUGAUCUCGGUGCUGGGUUCAGGCGGACUAUGUGAGUUUGUGAGUUGGCAGCACACGGACCUGGAGCACAUUCUCACCACUCAGACUAUUUGCUUAAAACAGACCUUGCUAACAGGGAGCGGUUGGACGAGAGCAAUCGAAGCGUUCUGAUGUGUAUUGAUGUUUUUCUUUGGAUCGUUUCAUUUGUAUUGUUUUAAAAUAAACUAUGACA